GGGCGUGGUCUGAAGCCGGGAGGGCGUGUGCAGCCACUCCGCUCCUUAAGCGCAUGCGCCAGUUGCCGGAAGUGGUGGUGGGGGGACGGGCAGGUUAUAGCGAUGGCGGAGAAGUUCGACUCCCUGGAGGAGCACCUGGAGAAGUUCGUGGAGAACAUUCGGCAGCUCGGCAUUAUCGUCAGCGACUUCCAGCCCAGCAGCCAGGCUGGGCUCAACCAGAAAUUGAAUUUCAUGGUGACGGGCUUGCAGGAUAUCGACAAAUGCCGGCAGCAGCUUCACGAUAUCAGCGUCCCCUUAGAAGUUUUUGAGUACAUAGAUCAAGGCCGCAAUCCUCAGCUUUACACGAAAGAGUGUCUGGAGCGAGCUUUGGCUAAAAAUGAGCAAGUAAAAGGAAAAAUUGAUACAAUGAAGAAAUUUAAAAGUCUGUUAAUUCAAGAACUGACGAAGGUGUUCCCAGAAGACAUGGCAAAGUACAAAGCUAUUCGAGGAGAAGAUCCUUCUCCUUAAGUUGGCCUUCGAUAGCUCUAAAAAUUUCAAUUCCAUAAGCAGACACGACUCUAUAAAAACAUUGAUUGUAGAGAGGGUAAAUCCAAGCCUUUGUAACAACUGUACUGAAAAUGGCAGCAGUGGUCUGUAAAGGUGCUUGGUGAUUGCUGAUGGUUCUGGUCUGGGGCUACUGAACCUUUCUGAAGACUUUUACUCAAAGAUUACACUUGAAACUUCCAAUGGUAAUCUGUUCCUCCUUCUUGAAAGGUUUUGGAGAUGUACAUGCCUACAGGUUGUCAAUACAUAGCAUUUCCCACAAAGUGCAUUGCUGGAGCAGAAAAUGUAUAUUUUUUGUCUUCUGAACAGUGUGCUCCAGGAUUGUGGGCUCAUCUGUUUUUAAGAGAAAUGUGUUUGUUAAACUUUAUUUUUCAUUUUUUUAUUACAGUACAAACAGUUUACUGCUUUCACCUUGCCAAAUUCUGCUGAACAGGAGCCUGUCAAAGGCUGCAGUUCCUGUGUGUCAUAAUGAAUUGCAGCCAAGAAAACCUUCAGAUGCUCUUGUUUUGUUCCAUGAGCUGCAGUGCAGAUGGCUGAGGUUAUAGAAAGCGAGUGUAUUUGGGGACUAGCACCUCAAUGUUAAUAUUUUGUAUAGUAUUUAAUGUAAGCUUUUGUUUAAUUUGAUUCAUUUUCUGUAAGCAGUUUGAAUAAUAAAUUGAAAAAUAAAA